UCUGCAGAUGUCCCAAACUCUAUUGUCAGCAGAGUAGUGUGUGCACGGAAUUCUCUGCAUAUGAUUUAGACAUUGAAAAAAACACGAUCUUGCUAGUGAGAAACAUACAGUUGCACGAUAAGGAUGUCGUCCGAAAUACGAACAUGCUUUCCCAUACCAUCAGUACUUAAUAUCGGGAUCCCAGCACGAGCUUCGCAUCAAUGGUUGAACCUACCAAGGAGACCCAAUAUUGCAAAAUUCAAGUAGAGUCUAUACAUUAAGUAACAUGGUCACUAUGAGAAGGUAUGGAUUUUAGUAGUUGGCGUGAAAAGUACUAAGGGCAUAUACUGCAAUGUACCCUCCACAUCAAUCUCCAGAACAUAAAAAACUAAUUGGACAAUAGCAGUCUCCCAAUCAUAUAUUUCCCACACAUGAAACAUCUCCCAAAUGGAGUUGCCUUCCAAGCAGCGAAGAGAUAUUUCGCUCCUAUUUCAAAAUGGGACCAUCAACAACUGACGACCUCGUCAUAUGGCAGUCAAAUCUAUUAUCGGUUAAUGCCCGAGAACCAUUCGCAAAAACUCGGGACGACCACGUACUUCUUAUACACUCCAAGGCGAGAGUGAUGAGGGAUUGAUAUUGAGCUUGUCGGGAUGGCAAGACACAAAUAUGUAUCACAAAGUAUGCGAAGCGCUUGACGUUAACAAAAAUUUACCCAUGUAAUACUGAGAUAUAACG